ACCUGACCAAACUGCUUUCUUAAAGAGGAUCAAAUCAAAAUUUUUCCCCUGUGAAUAGCCUCUCAGGUGGGAACAUAACUAGCUUUAAAUAAAAAGGCUUCAUCAUUCAUCCAUUGUAAAACUAUCAGUUGAGUGCAGACACGUGUAAUACGAGGGCUGGCACAGCAACAGUGGGACAUACAGAGGAAAUGAAACGUGGAGUCUGUCUGGGGAGAUUCAGAGAUACAGAUGUUUAUAAGACCACAUCAUCAUAGGAACUACCCAGAGAGAGCUAGGGCAGACUAUCCUGGGAGUCAAAUAAAAGGAUAAGGAAUAUUGUAAGAGAUUGGGGCAUGCAGUAUGUGUGGGGACCUGGGGAUUCAGCAGAUAGGAAGUCUUGAAAGACUUCAUUUAAGAAGUGGGAUUUAGGCUGAGUUUGGUGGAUUGCAUCAUGAGUCGGUGAGUAAACUGUCUUGACAAUCAGGACCUGAGAGAGAACUAAGAGAGUCACAGUAGACAGGGUGGGGCUUAGUGAGGACAGGGGAAGUCAGAGGACUGUAGUCAGGGGAAAAUCAUUUCCCUUUCCUCAGGACUGUCAGUCAGGCUCUGUCUCUAGGAGCCUCCUAACCCAGUCUUCUGUGCAGUCCUGGGGACCGACCGACUGAGUCACACCACUGGAACUGGGGGCUGCUGACAUGUAUGCCUUUCCUUGGCUGCUUCUUCUCCUGCGGCUCCAGGAGGCCAAAGGAGACUCUGGAGAUGAUGUGGAUCCCGAGGAAGUGGUUGCGGUCCUUCAGGAGUCCAUCAGCCUCCCCCUGGAAAUACCGCCUGAUGAAGAGGUUGAGAACAUCAUCUGGUCCUCCCACAAAACCCUUGCAACUGUGAUGCCAGGGAAAGAGGGACAUCCAGCUACCAUCAUGGUGACCAACCCACAGUACCGGGGCCGAGUGAGCCUCCUGGACCCCAGCUAUUCCCUGCAUAUCAGCAAUCUGAGCUGGGAGGACUCGGGGCUUUACCAGGCUCGAGUCAACCUGAGAUCAUCCCAGAUCUCUAUCAUGCAGCAGUACGAUCUCCGUGUCUACCGACGGCUGUCAAAGCCCCACAUCACUGUGAACUUUAAGAUCUCUGGGGAAGGUGCCUGCAAUAUGUCCCUGAUGUGCUCUGUGGAGAAGGCAGGCAUGGACGUGACCUACAGCUGGCUCUCCUGGGGGGAUAGCACUUAUACAUCCCAUGAAGGCCCUGUCCUCAGCACAGCCUGGAGGCCGGGUGACAGUGCCCUCUUCUACACUUGCAGAGCCAGCAACCCCAUCAGCAACGUCAGUUCUCACCCCAUCCCUGCUGGGCCCUUCUGUGCAGAUUCUGACUAUGCUUCUGAGAAGCCCUCAACACACUUCUGCCUCUUAACCAAGGGAUUGCUCAUCUUCUUGCUCUUGGUAAUUCUGGCCAUUGGGAUCUGGGUCAUCCAAGUCCGGAAAAGAUACAGAAUGCCAAGGAUGAAGAAACUCAGGAGAAACAGAAUGAAAUUGAGAAGGAAGGAAAAGCCUGGCUCUAGCCCCUCCUGACUGCUCCUUGGGAACCCCAGUCCUGAGCUUGGUUUAUUCCCAGCACCCAGAGAAUCCUUCCUCAACAUUUCCUUCCAGGGGAAGGAGGUGCUCAGGGGUGGAUAUCCAGAGAGCGACACUUCUGAGGGAAGACUGGCUGGCAAUAAAGUCAAAUUAAGCAACCACAACUCUGCAGGAGCUGUGUUGGGUCCUUCUGUCCUCGCUGGGUGGCUCUGGCAAAACCCACUCUGCUGUCUUUCCCCCAAAUCCAAUUGCCUUCCCCCAAGUCCACGUGCUUUUUCAGGCCCACCUCUGAGGAGGAAAGUGGGUCUAAAAGGCCCCCUCACAGGAAGGUGUUGGUAUGCUGUCACUCACCACCUAUCCCACUCUCCACCAACAUGCUUGCUAUUUAUGCAUUAAAUAAGAAAAGUGAG